UUCUAUAAAAAGAAACGCUGAGAAACUUUAAAAAUUGGUUCCAUAUUCAACAAAUAGUGGCCUAUGAUUACUCCAUGAACAGGGGGGCCUCGGCCCUCUAGACACGCGAACAGUUUGAAAAUGGAAAUUUUAUUAGAAUCUCAGAAUUUACCUCUGAGUUCCACGGCCACCGAUUUCAAUGGAAUCUACAUCUUGCGAAAUCGAAAGUCGAAACCAAUUUUUGUUGACGUUGUAAAUUGUAAUUCCAUUGAAUGACAAUUACAUAGAAUAAAGUCACGCAUUGAAAUUCUAUAGUACAUGUGCUCGUAAAUGGUUACCGUUUUUCAAAAUUUAAGGGUCUUCAAAAGAUCGAUUCGUCUGUUUCGAUAUUUUUAUCCACUCGUGGCAAAAGACGUUAGCGUUAGAUCGAUUUCCGAAAUGGCUUCACAAAAAGAUCUUAUUGAACCUGCAAAAAGGUUGAAUUCACUUGGAACAAAUGUGUGGGUUGAAUUUGGCAAGAUAAAUGCACAAUACAAAACAGUCAAUGUUGGUCAGGGAUUUCCAGAUUAUCCACCACCAGAAUAUUUGAUAGAAACAUUAGCUUCUGCUACAAAAUCUGAGAAUGACCUAAUGCAUCAAUAUACAAGAAGUCAGGGUCAUCCAAAACUUGUCAAAAGCAUAGCUUCAUUAUUUUCCAAACUUCAUGGUAGAGAGAUACAGGCCAUGAGUGAGGUGCUCAUUACAAAUGGAGCAUAUGAAUCUCUUUUUGAUGCAAUUUCUGCAUUUGUAAAUGAAGGAGAUGAGGUUAUCAUCAUUGAACCAUUCUUUGACUGCUAUAAGAAAAUGAUCAGUUAUGUUGGAGGUGUUCCGGUUGGAAUCCCACUGAGACCAUCAAAGGACAACUGGCAGUCUUCCAAAGGCUGGAAAAUUGAUCCUAAAGAGCUUGAAGCAGCCUUUACCUCAAAGACAAAAGCAUUCAUCUUCAAUACUCCCAAUAACCCUUUGGGAAAGGUGUUCGAGAGAGAUGAAAUGGAAAUGAUUGCAAAUCUCAUUAAGAAACACAAUGUCCUUUGUAUCAGUGAUGAAGUAUAUGAAUGGUUGGUUUAUCCAGGAAGUGAACAUAUCAGAAUUACAACCCUGCCAGGGAUGUGGGAUCGCACAGUGACAAUUAGCAGUGCUGGCAAGACAUUUUCUGCCACAGGGUGGAAGGUUGGCUGGUCUGUUGGUCCAGAAAAAUUGAUCUCACACAUGGCUUCAGUCCAUGCUAAUUCUAUGUAUGUCCUUCCUACACCUACUCAGGAAGCAGUGGCUAUUGGAUUAGAACGAGAAGCUAAAUUACUUGGCAGCAAGGAAUCUUAUUUUUAUGAAAUGAAAACAUCUUUGUUGAAGAAAAGAGAUUUGACAGUGAAAAUACUUCGUGAUGCUGGUUUUGACCCAGUUGUCCCUGAUGGCGGUUAUUUUAUCAUGGCAGAUACGUCAAAAUUAGGUGUGACUUUCUCGGGCGAAAGUGAUGAACCUUAUGAUUUUCAGUUUUGUAAAUGGAUGAUUAAAGAAAAGGGUAUUUCUGCAAUUCCACCCAGUGCUUUCUAUCAUCAGCAUGGCGGGGUUGCUGAAAAAUUUGCCCGAUUUUGUUUCAUCAAAAAAGACAGUACUCUUCAGAUGCUCGAUGACGCUUUAAAGAAAUGGUAAUCGAAUAUAUCAUCAUCUCCAGGCUUCUCAACAAUAGUGAUAAU